AUGCCUAUGAGCCCGGCCGCCGAGGCUGCUCGUCGCGAGCGCCUGAGUCGAAAUGAUCUUCGACCAUGUUCUCACGAGCAUCUGAGAUCCUUUAUGCGCCUCAGUUGCUUGAGAAAUCCCUCCAUUCCUCGACGAAUUCGAAACCGUUUUCGACGAAUUCGAGUUAGAGGAGCGGUAUUGCUUUCAAAGGCAUAUUCACCAGAGGAGUUGCGCGACUUCAUUAAAGUUAUACUUGCCAUGAUGACCCAGGAUGUUAGGGACACAUCCGAGGGUUACAGUAAUCUCAAUAAUGGGGAUUAUCCUCUCAAUAUGGAAACAACGGAAGACGCAUACGAUGUCGAGAGAUUAGAAAUGGUUUACAAUUAUCUCAAUAAGAUCCUUUUCAACAACACCCUUCCUCCGUUCGAAGAGGUUUUUGAGAUUUUACCAUUAACAAGCCCUGAAUACCUCAGUGGGCAACCUCGCUGGGGCGAGCUCUUCCGCCAGACGCUGCAUGAAUCUCAACAUGCCAUCGACAUAGGCUACACGAUCCGUCUAUACUGCCACGAAGUCCCUGAUGAGGAUCCACUGUCCGCAGCAAUGCUCACAUAUGGCCACCUGCUCGACGAGCUUAUGCGGCAGAUGAUCAAUUUGUUUGUCCACAUGUACGCAUGUGAAGAACAUAGUUUUACUCGUAACGGUGUUGUUCAUCAUGGCAGAAACGCUCGCACACAACUCUACCGUGCCAUUGGGAGAACUAUCGAGAAUGAGCCUGACAACCAAUUGUUCGAGACCUACCUUCCAAGUAUCCUUGGGAGACCACCCGUACCUUGA